CACGCAGAAUGGCCCUCAUUUACAAUGCCUUUCCUGAACAACACGUGGAGAUCCUAGAGUUUAACCCAGACGGUUUUCUGUUGAAAGAUUGAAAAGGAUUACUAGAACAAGUCUGGGAGUGUUGCCGUAGCCGUACUACCAACCAAAGGAAAUACUUGUGCUGCUAUGUUUUUGGUAUAGGUGGUCAGGGUUUGGACAAACACUGCUAUGUGAAGACAAAAAAAGGGCAAAGGUAACUAAAACUAUUACGGCAGAGACGAGAAGUUGCAAAAGAAAAUCUAGUUGGGCCUGAGGUAUUUCUGACACUAACCCUCCGAUCCUUCCUGCAGCCAGAAUGGACAUAGAUGUGGACUUGGGUUUUGCCCUAUUCUUCUUCUUUCUGCUUUGCUUUUUUCUGUUGGUGUCUAUAGUGCGUUGUGCACAGAUGGUGCUGGACCCAUACAGUGCUAUUUCAACAAGUAUUUACCAAGAGGAGCAAUCAGAGGAGUGAUGGGGGUCGAGACCUGGGAUGAUGGAUACUCAAGGUGAACUGUUCAGGACUGCCACUGGAAACGAGCCUGUUUGCCUUUACUACAUAUGAAACCACUGUUUAUUAUGGUUGAUACAGUGUUGUUAUUUCAAACUUGUUUAUAAUAGGAGCUAAAUCAAAUUAUAUUAUUUGUACAAUGUCAUUCUUCUUCAUAGA